AUGGGUCAAUUCGACUGGUUCCGCUCCAUCGGCGCCACGCCCGAGGCCGUCGCGGUCCUGAACGACCAGCCGAUCCUGUUCACGAUCCUGUUGAUCGUCCUCGUCGCCGUUAUCCUCCAGAUCGUCUUGCUAUGGUACAUCCACUUCGCUACGCUGAAGCCCGAACAAAAGAAGAAGAAGGAGCCCAAGAAGGGCGGCAAGGGCGGAAAGAAAUAG